UUCAAACCUGAUGUGAAAAGACGUUUCGGAUCUACAUUCAGCAUUAUUAAUCCAUAGGCUAAGAAGAUUUCAAAAGAAUCAUGUAAUUAUAAUUGGAAAAAUUGUUGUUAGAUGGCUAGGGCUAUCAAAAGCUAUCCAUACUGAUAUUGUCAGUGAUCAAUCAACAGAAGGAUUUCUGCUGGCAUACCAAAGAUUUACAGCUUUAAGGGGACAUCCAAGGAAAUUGUGGUCAGACUCAGGGUCAAAUUUUAUAGGGGCCAAGUCUGUUCUUGAAGAUCUUCACAAGUUCCUAGAACGACAAGACAAGGUAAAGUUAGAAACUAAUGCAGCCAAGUAUAGCACAGAGUGGUCUUUGAAAAUUCAUCCUGCAGAUUCACCUAACAGAAAUGGAGAAAUUUGUUCAAUGAAUGACCUAUCGAUGCAAGGACACAAAGUUGGGAAGACUGCGUGGAAUACGUAAGUCCAGACUCUCUUCUUCUGGGACAUAUUGGGAAAAGAGGAGAUCAAGGAAGUUUCUAAUUUGAAGGUUAUCCGUACAAAAGACUAAGAUUCAUCCAGGAAGAAGUCAACAAGUUCUGGAGAAGAUGGUGUCAGCUGGCAGGUCCUAACCUGUUUGUAAGAAACAAGUGGCAUACUAAAGAAUGUAAUGUUGCUGUGGGAGAUGUGGAAUGGUUGAAAAAAUGAUAUGCAUCAUUGUUAAAUAAAGAAAAAAUAUCUAUCAAAUGAUCAGGUGUUAAAUUUGAAAUUUGAAAUUGUAAGAAAAUAAAUGAUAUGCAUCAUUGUUAAAUAAAGAAAAAAAAAUCUAUUAGAUGAAAUGAGUUUUGAUGUGAAAUCAAAAUGAAUGGAUACUAUUGGUUGUUGGCACAUAGUGCAACCUAGAAGAAACAAGGAAGCUGAUUGGCCAUCGAAACUUCACAUGUUAAAUAGAACCAGGUGUGCUUGUUUGAUUUUCAGUGUGCAGAGGGAUCUCUGUUGGCAAAGUGAAUGUGCUUCUCCUACCAAAGUUGGUGUUGAUACUGGUUAUAAAACCAAAGGAGAAAGAUUGCUAAAGCAUGCACGGAUGUAGCCACUGAGUUUGGAGUAAACCACAUGCUGAGUUUGUUCAAAGAAAGCUGGGAAAAGCCACAAUGUGUUCAUCAACUUUGAUUGUUUGAUUUGACUGUUUAAAAGACCAAUUGUGAAUUUCUUGCAAGUUGUUUGUUAAUGCUAGCGUGUUUAGCAUCUAAUAUGCUAACUGGCCAUGUGCAGUAAAUGCAUUUGAUUUAGUGUUGUUGUCGAACCGCUAUGUACUGUAUUCUGUGAUCUGUGAGUAUUCUAGUAACAUUGGUUGUAGUUUAAAUGAGUUAAACAUCCUUAAAUGACCGCAUUAAUGUGUGUACUGACUCUAUGGGUUAUUAAGCUAGCAUUUCAGCUAAGCAUCUGAAUUGAACUGAAAAUAAGCAAAGGAAGAUCAAGUUGUUGCUGAAAGAUUUUCAAUAAAUUGCUUUGAUGUUGUAAAGUUGAUUGAAGCCUUUUUCAAGUUUGGGCAGACAUUGAGGCUGAGAAGAAUCCUUCAAUAACUUGGCAAACAUACUGUUCAAAAGUUUGGAGUGGUAACAUUUUUAUUGUUUUUGAAAAAAGCCUCUUAUGCUCAAUUGAUUAAAUAGUAUUAUUGUGAAAUAUAACUGAAAUGUGAAAGUUUUCUAUUUUCUUAUCGUAAAAUAUAAUUUGUAACGUCAUCCUUCAGAAAUCAUUCUGCAGUAAUCUGCUGUUUUGCUGCUCUAAUAUUUCUUAUUAUUAUCAAUGUUGAAAACAGUUGUGCUGCUUAUAAUUUGAGGACACCAUGAUACAUUUUAUUUUCAGGAUUAUUUGAUCAAUAGAAAGUUUAAAAACAGUUUCUAACGGUUUUCAGUGACUCAACAUGAUGUUGCCUUUUGUCCUUCAUGUGCCCUUUAAACAAGGUAUGUAAACAAACGAUUAAAGUCUGCAAAGUUCCCACGAUUCCAUGCAUACCUGAGACACGCACAGAACUUCCCCCAUUAGCAUAUCUGGCAUACCUGAGUCUGACAGCAAACCCAGCCAGCCUACACACGAGAGAGCAAAGCAAUCUCACUGAGAACCACACCUGCUCUUAAUGCACUUAAAAUAACAGUACCACCCCUCACAGUUUCUUUUAAUACAUAUCUGAAGAAACCUAAAAUUUACAAUGCAAAAACACUUCAAAUCUGCUCAAAAUAAGAAAAUCCAAAAAGAUUGAAUAAAUAUGGUGAUUUGCUUUUUUUUAACAGCUUUAUUCGUUACAGAAAGUUACAAUGUUGUUUUUUUUUUUUUCUUUUUUUUUCUUUUUUUUUUUUUGGAAGUUUGAUGCAAUGGCAGGUAAUUCCCUACAAAUUAACUCCUGUCAUAAUGUUCUACCGACGCAUGAUGAGAAUUGUUCCAUUCACAAAUGUGGAAAAACAGCAAUCACAACAUUUCUGAGCUCAAAGGGAUCCACCCACUGCGUUUAUGUGACUCUGAACCACACAGUGACGUUUAGCUCAGAAGUUAUUUGAGGAAGACGAGGUGACUCACCUGCACUGGAUUCCACCUGGACGGUAAGUCUUCACUGCCAUUUCCCUGAAACACAGUGUGCCAUUAGGAUUUCGUACAUCUCAGCAAACUUUCAAAAACUCAAGCCUUCGAAAAGUGCAUGAGGUCAAGCGCAAAAACUGUAAACAGGUGAUCAGCAAGUGAAUACUGUCAGUUGAAAUUUCCAUUACGAGAAGAUCUAUUUAGUAUUUCCCAUGAUGGCAGAACAUGGUAAACCUUGCACUGGGUCAGAAGCCAACUUUUGCAUGAAUGGAGGAACAUGCUUUAAAAUACUCUCUGUGUCUACUCCCACAUGUGUCUGCAGUGCGAGCUAUGAGGGCAGCAGAUGUGAGCAGUUCCAGCUGUUCAGUUUCUUACCAAACAGUGAGGAGAAGGGCAUGAUCACUGCUGUGGUCAUCAUCGCCCUCCUCAUCCUAGUGGUGCUCGGUGUGGUCAUCUACUACAUCUGCAAAAUAAAGAGAAACGCCCGGAGUCAACCAAAACCUGUGGAGUACUGGAGAGUCAAAUCAAGCAGUCAUCCGGUGUGACUCUACUUUUGAAACAGAUGCAUGUGAACUCGACAUUGAUGUUUGAAAGAGGCUUUGAUGUUGUGGGCAACUCCAUUAUGAUUGAUGACAACUUUACCUUGUAACAUCGCCCCCUUGUGGAGGUCUUGGACUCAAUGUGAAAAUGUCAAUUGCACAGUAGCUCAACUUGCCAGCUACUCUCAAAAAAUCUUUCUUAAUGUUCAUGGAUUUUGUAAAUAGCUCUGUCAAUUAAAACGCCUUAGUUUAAAUAUGUAAAAAGGAUGCAGAUUCUUUAUAAGCAAACUGCUACCAUAUCAGAUUCUCAAUGGAAAGCAAUACAUUUCAAAAUGAGCAUCCUUAGCAUAGAUUUGAAUUUUAAUUAGAUAUAGAAGAGUUAAUAAUAUAUAAUGGUCACGUGCCAUGUACAUACAUUUUUACACUGUGUUGUUUUUGUUUUGGCUGAAACUUUGAUUAUACUCUUAUUUCUUUUUUAUUUCUACUGGAUUACUGGAAUUACUUUGCAUGGUUGAAAUGUUUUACCAUUAAAUGUAAGUAACAACAACAUGCUCAAUCAUUAAUACACACCAACAUAAACAUAAACAUCAUUUCCCUAAUCAUUUGGAAUCAUUUUAUAAAAUAUAUUGGCACCAUAUUUAAAGAAAAUAUCUCAAACCUUUUCAAAAUCAAACAUUUGUUCACGUCAUAUACAGUAAGCGUGUUACUAUUUCUGCUGUAUGUGUACUGUUUACAAUAUGCAUGCUUUCUGUAUGUGUAAUACCUAGAUGCAAUACUGUUUGUGUCUUAAAUGUGCAUUAUACAACAGAGCACACUUCAUGCAUAAUGUAUCCCACAAUGCAAUGUGAUUCCAGUGAGAUGAUUGAAGCAGAUGUAUAAAUAUUAAAUAAAGUUUUACCAGUGUUUUCUUCUCACUAUUAAUUCUGACUGUCAAAAGUUUUAAAUAUUUAGAUAAACUUCAAUAAAAAAUAAUAAUAAUAAUGGUUUGAGUAUCCAUCUCUAAAAUGCUUCAUUAAAAAAAAAGACACAAAAAAUGAAUGAAUCAGGGUGAAUUCAGUUACUGUUGAGCAUUUCAGGAUAAAACAUUUAUAAACCUUUUUAUAUCAAUUUUAUUUUAACUAUCAUCAAUGGCCUGCAGAGGGCAGCAGAGGAGUGCUGACGGUGAUCAAAUACUCUCAACAGCCAAUCAGCAUCGCGAGAGAGACAGUCUGCGCAGUCACACACUCUGAAUGACGUCACAUCACGAACGUUCUAAAUUCCACGUUGUGACGUCA